AUGUUGCGUCGGUCACUCGUCACAUUUCCUUGGUGGAACUUUCAGACGGAACACCGUCAACGGUGUGUCAUGAUGUACGGUGGAUCCCGCGCAAAGAACACACACAACGCAAAUCAUCGUGUUUUCAUUAAGAAGUACAAAAGAAACGCAUUUCCAAAUAGAACACGACAUCAUUGGGCAGUCUCCAUGACAGGUGUACUCGGUCAACGUCCGCGCCGCAUGCCGUGGCCUUAUGAUUUAACUUCGUUGAUCUUCAACCAACCGCGGCAGGGAUCAGACAAAAUUGGAUACGUGGUGGGCACAAGUAUGUUGAAGACGGCUGUUGUGGCCGCAAAUCAUAUGGUGUAUUACCCCAAGUUUAACCAACGUGUAUCGCGUACGAGUCGUUUUUUUGCUCACGAUGAGGACCUGGCGUGCGUUGAAGGGGAUUUGGUACACAUCAAGCAAUGCCGGAAGAUAUCGAAAUACAAGCACUACUAUGUUUUUAGUAUUUUGGAACCAAACAUCGAGGGUCGUGAGCGUCUGAAGUUGGGGUUAAAGGCCGUUCCACCUCCUUUGUUUGGAUAUCCCGUCUCGCGUCGAAUAGUGAAGUUGAACUUGACAAAUACUGAAGGUACCAAAGAGAAACUUGCCGCGGCAAUACAAGAGCAUGUGCAGGAUGCUUACAGAUUUGCUGGACCCACUCCAGAUCAACCACGAAAUCGUCUGACGGAUUCUGUGACCUUUGAUGAUGCAAAUAACAUGAUUGCACCCAACGCUCCAGCAACACCGGAGUCUCUGGAGGGUGUGGAAAGCCCAUCACUGCUAGGAGACAAGGAAGAGUAUACCGAGGUGGAGCAGGAUACACGGAAUAAGAAGGGUGAUGAAUAUUGGAUGAAUCUGCAGCCCAAGGAGAAGUACGACUUCAAGGGAUUUAAAAAAUCUCCUUAG